AUGAACCAAACAACUCCACGCAAGAUAACGCCGCGAUUUACGAGAGCAAGACAGGAGCGAAAAAUGGCAAAUCCGAAUGAACCUUUCUAUGUUCGCUACUACUCAGGUCAUUCUGGGCGGUUUGGACAUGAGUUUCUCGAAUUCGAUUUUAGAUCUCUCGGCGAUGGCCGAAGCGCGUCUGCUCGGUAUGCGAACAACUCCAACUAUCGAAAUGACUCCCUGAUCCGCAAAGAGAGAUCCCUCGUCGAUGUCACCGAGUCAGCCGACCCUGAAGGAUUGCGAGUAUUCUACUAUCUUGUCCAGGACCUUAAAGCCUUAGUAUUCUCACUGAUCUCCUUGCAUUUCAAGGCAAGUGAAACGCACAAGUUUUCUCUUCCAAGGAACACAUUAUCUAAUCCCGAAGCAUACGCUGGUUGA